AUGAGAUUUUCUUCUUCUGCUUCUUUCCCUUUUAUUGUGUUUAUGAUGGAUUCAACUCUAUUUCCUGAAACGGUCAUAGCUGAUGCGCCUGAUAAAGGUACAAAUAUAUCCACUGAAAAACCUCUAAAAUCCUUUGUUGAGGCUCUUGGUAAUGUUUGUCAUAUUCUAGCGAGUCAAUUACUGGUUCCCUGUGUUAAAAAAGACCAUAUCUCCAUUGCAAUUCUAGAAAACGAAUACCUCUUUGGAGUGGAGGCUUGUAAACACAAUUUGCACGGCCGAAUUUUGUGGCCUAAGGGUUUUUCCCCUCUUACAGUAUUGCAGCCCAAAGCCAAACUAAACACAUUAUGGAUUUAUGUUAGAAGAGUUCAAUCGAAUUCUUCUUGGAACCUAAACCCUGGAUCGUUGAAGCUUUUCCCUUGGUCGAAAGAUUUCAUCCCUAAUAAUGUCAAUCAUUCUUCUGCUCAAGUUUGGGUCAGGAUUCUUGGGCUUCCUCAAGAAUAUUGGAGACCUAAAAUCAUAUUUGUUAUAGCUAGCAGCCUUGGUACUCCUAUAUGUAUUGAUUCCACUUCCAAUCAUUCUCAGUUUAAAUGGGCCUUCGGUCAUUUUGUUCGUGUUUUGGUGGAUGUUGAUUUGCUCUCUGAACUUAGAGAUAAUAUUCUGGUAGAACGCACCUACUUUGCAUUUUUUGUAGGUAUUGAAUAA